UACAGUGAUCACAUCCGACUGACGUCAGUUUUUGGACGUCAACUUUUAUUUCUUAUUUUUUGUAUUUUUUUUCCCUUGUUUUAAAAUUUGAAUAAAGUGUGUUCUCGGUGUUUUGAUGCACAGGACCUAUCAGCCUUACACGCCCGUGACGUGCGUUCUCCUGAAACAGAGAUGGGACAAAAACAUCUAUAAGUGCCACAGAAAGAAAGUACAUGCAGCAAGGGCGGUGGUUGACAGCGGUGCACCCAGGGUUUAUCAACAUUUAAACGUAAAAUUAAAAAAGCUACAGAAUGAGGCAACGAGGGCAGACGUGAUUGAUAGGGACAAUCGGAUGCUGUAUAACAAGAUAGACCACAUUAUGCGUACAGGCGGACGGACAGAUAACAAAAAUAACUAUCGGAAUUACAGUAAAAGUUUGAAUGCUGCAAAACACACGAGAGAACUUGUCCGCGUGGCCGAGGAGAACAGUGCGAUCCUCAAGCGACUUGCUAAAACAGAACCUACAUGUAACUAUAAUCAUAGGAACCUUCUCGCAGAUUGGCAGGAGAGUCAACAAUAUCUAAAGAACGUCUCCAAGUACCCAACACCACUACACGUAAUAUCGCGGAGUCCAGUUCGCACCAUCCAAGGAAGUGGAUGCGACAACAAAUAAAAACCGGAUGACUUUAAUUUGCUCCUGCCUUUGUUUCUUCUUUUGUGAAACUUAUCAAUGUAGCAAAUUACGCUUACACACACUUUGCAUCUGUACAAGACGCAUUUAUUAACUAGAGAUGCACCAAUUUUAUAAGAUUUUAUUACUUAUUGAAUUUAUUAUCUUUUUUUUUAUUAUUAUUAUAUAUUUGAUUUCCGUCUACAUGACUUAUUUACAUUGUUUCUGAUACAUACCUGUCUGUUUGUAAAUACACGUGUCCUAUAAAAAAAUUUGUUAGUUGAAUUUCUUAUAUUAACUCUGAAACUGCACAUUAAAAUUCAUUAUGUUAAAACACAACAA